AUGGAGAGAGAGAGAGAGAGAGUACUCAAGAGGCCGCACCCGCGGCGCAGCCAAAUUUUGAGUGCCAGAUUCAGCUGUCCGCGGCUUGUUUAUGCGCUCGAGGUUGUCUUUCUGCGCCCGGCAGAGGACACUGCAUUCCUCCGAGGGCUUAAUAGCAAGGACAUGCAAGGACAUUCGAGCCGCUUUCAGUUCGUAGCCAUGUCGAUGGUCAACAUUCCUUCCACAAACACCGACCCUCAGUACAGAAACAAGAUGCCGCGCUUGCAGGCAAAAAUUGAGGGGCGUGGCAAUGGAAUCAAGACGUGUAUUGUCAACACGGGCGAGGUACCGCGGGCCAUCAAACGUCCGCCGCAGUACGUGACGAAGUUCUUCGACAGGUAG